CCGAAGCUUUCCUUCGGGGAGAAGGAGGGCUGGGCGAGAGGAGCGGUUGCUCCUUGCCCGCCCCUCAGCGGCGCCCGCCCGGGAUUCUUUGUCGGAGCAGGAGGGCGGCGGAGCUUUGGCGUGACGGCAUGGCCGCGGAGCUCGGCUGCGGGGCAGAGCCGGAUCAGAAGCUAGGCGUUGCAUUUGAGCAGGAUGAAGCAGAUGAGAUUUUGAGCAGUGCUGCUGAGAAAAGCGUCGCCGGAGGUGAUGGCAUAUCCAGAUCCAGGAUGAUGGACCAAAGCUUGAUAACAAAAAGCGUAGAGUAUGAAAAGUGCUUGGAAGAAAUGAGGGAGCAGCUGCAGAUUUAUCAGGUGCAGAUGAGUGAGAUGAGACAGAAGUUUGAACAGGUCGCCACGGAGAACAGGAGGCUGCAUGCAGAGUUGAAAGAGGCUCUUGAGAUGCAGCUGGAUGCUCUUCCUUUUAUGCCCCUGGGAACUGCUAUUCCUGCAGAUGAAGAAAUAGUGAGAAACCUUCAGGAACAGCUCCAACUGACUAAUCAGGAAAAAGAACAAGCAAUAGAGCUCUGGCAGACUGUAUCACAGGAGCUUGAUCAACUCCAGCAGCAGCACCGGGAACACAUGACUCAAACACAGAUUCACAUGGCUGAAAGACUGAAACAGCAAGUAACUUUCAUGGACAUUUUUGUUAGUUUUGGAAUGCCUUCAUACACUGCAGAGAUUCUGCGUCUGUGUGCAGCCAAACCGAAGUGCAGUUUGUACCAGUAUCAUAGAGUCAUCAUAAAGCCAUAGGAUGGAUUGGGUUGGAAUGGACCUCAAGGAUCAUGACGUUCCAUCCCUCUGCCACAGGCAGGGCUGCCAACCACUAGAUCAAGUACUAGGCUGGGCUGCCUAGGGCUCAUCCAACCUGGCCUUGAACUGCUCCAGGGACAGGGCGUCCACAGCCUCUCGGGGCAGCCUGUUCCAGCACUUCAUCACUCUCUCAGUGAAAAACUUGCCCCCGACAUUCUCGUCUAAAUCUUCCCUC